AUGCUUCGUCGAGCUGGUGCAUUUGCCGCCCCACGACAGCCAUCACACUUCAUGCCCGAGAGAAACGACCCCGACGCCGUCUUGGCGUCGAAAUGGAGUAAAUGGACAGAAAGAGAGUCUUAUAAAAGGCAAGAACUUGUCCUUCAUCUCUUCAUCCACGACACUGAUGCCUCAAUUGCCCUCCAAAAACCUCCCCUGAUUACCUUUACAGAAAUCAAAUUCGACCUACCAGCAUCUCGAGACCUCUGGCUAGCAAAGUCCGCCACAUCCUGGCGCGAUCUUUACCUAAAAUCCCAGCCCCCUACCGCUCCUCCACCCAGCCUCAUGGAAGCCAUGCACAGUCCAGAAUCCCUAGUCCAACACACCCCCCAAAUCGACAUCCAACUAACAACGCUAACCCUCCUGCACGGCUUCUGGGGCCAAAUCCACUCCCUCCUCGAUUCCAAGAAAUUCUACCCCUCCCACAAAGCCACGCACCGCCUUUGUCUCCUAACCUCCCACACAGAGCUCUACCGCGACCUCGUCUCCUUCUCCUCCUUCAUAUCCCCCGCUUCACACCGCACGAUCCUCAUCUCCCACCUGCUCAUGAUGAUCCUGCACGCGCCCCCCGAAGACCUGCAGCGCUUCGCCGGCAAAUCCGGCGAGGACGAGGCCCGCAAAACU